CAUCUUGAUAAGAUUUCAUUGGAUUUGUACCAUAAAGAGAAUAAGAUCUCUGAAGAAGAGGUAAAAGAUCAUAAAACUUUUUUUUUUGUUAUCUUUUGUGCUCAGAGUUUCUUUGUGAAUGGAGAAGUCUACCCCAAAGAAUUAUUUACUUUUCUUCGGUUGAUCUUGAUGAGGAAUUAUAUCAUACCGGGCUUACAGGUUGCCAUUAUAUGGAAAACAAGAUGGAUGUGCUUCUAGAUAAAUGCAAUGAGAAGAAGGGUUAAUUCAAAAGUUGUUGACGUCUGAAUCUAUUCAACGCACUUCGAUGAUAACGAACGUCACGAAACCCAUGGAGCUCGGCAAGGAGACACGGCCUACGGCUACAGGGAUGCCUAAGGCGAAUGGCGGUUCUUUACUGGAUUCUUCCGAUGAUGUCGAAGACGGUGGUGUAGGCGACGUUAACGAAGAACAGGAGGAGAAAUGCGAGGAAAGCGACGCGUCCAGCCGCGAGGAAGGCCAAGAAUGGGAAGUGGAUAGUUUCGACGAUGGAUUCGACUACAGACCUAGAAGGAAUCUUGAUCCCAACGAUGAGAUAGGUCAGAAGAUGCAUCGGUACAGAUCUUCCAUGUACAAGAGCAAGGGAUUCGACGUUGAUAUAGAUAGCUACCCGGGGAGCCUACUCUACAGACAACUCUUCCCCAUCGAUCUCGAUGAACCAUUUGAAUACAGUGGUGCUAAUGGACUUACUGGCCGUGAGUACAUGAAAAGCAUGGUUGAUUUGGCCCUGGAAAGAUACAACAAGAUCAAGGGGUUAACGGUGACAUGUGAAUCUAUUGUGAGGUCUAUCAUUGAUUUGGCGUGUGGGCUCAAAUGCUACAUUACCUUUAUGGCCAGAGAGUCUUCAAAUGGUGAUCUACUUGUAGAGUACCAGGCAAAAACAGACAAGAGAAUUUGGCAAAAGAAAACUCAUGUCAUCUUUUGCAGGCCAACUCCAGAACCCAAAGAGCCGAUGGAUGUUGAGUACUCGGAUUCUACCACCGAUGGGGAGUCUAGUGAUGAGUCCAGUCGUGAAAGUGAACAAGCAUGGGAUGUGGAUAGUUUCGACGAGGGAACCGAUUUCAAACCCCCAACGAAGACAGCUCCCUCAGAGGAAGAAAUUGAAAAAAUGCGUCUAUAUAGACCUCAGAUGUACAAGAAUAAGGGUUUCUUUGUUGAUGGAGAAGUCUACCCGGGACGACUUCGUUACUUUUCUCCUGUUGAUCUUGAUAAUCAAUUAUAUCCUACCGGGCUUACGGGUCGCCAGUACAUGGAAAACAUGGUAGAUGUGGCCCUGAACAAAUACAAUGAGAUGAAGGAGGGAUCCAAACUAACAUUAGAAUCUAUUGUGAGGGCUAAUCUGAGCAAGGUGAAUGGGUUCAAGUCAUACAUCACGUUUAUGGCUAGAGAGAUUGACAAUGGAGAUCUUGUGGAGUAUCAAGCUAAAGUAGAGAGGAAGUUUUGGCAAAGGGAUUAUCAUGCCAUCCUUUGUAGGCCAAGUCCAAAAUCAGAAGGUGGGGAGAUAUGCUGAUCCGAGAGAUGGAUGUGCAGCAGCUGCAGCAGAAUCAUAUAAACUGUGGUUGGAGCAUGAGAAUAGGACUGAUGAUAUCACAAUUAUCAUUCUACAGAUAAAAAACCUGUCUAAUGAAUGAUAAUGAUCAUGAUGAUGGCAUUAUUCGGUAUUCCUAUUUUCCCCCUUUGUUUGUUUUUCUGUUGUAUACUCUUACUAUGUCACAUAUUCAUCAUAUAUAGCAAGUGAAAGUAAUGCUCUCUCUUUAUAUCAUGUGUAUGAGCUUCUUUCAAAUAUCUCUGGCUACUAAGAGAGAGCAAUAAUGUCAUGUGUAUGAGCUUCUUUCACACAUCUCUGACAUUGUAUCAUGCCAGGUUAUUUAUAUCACAAUUAUCAUUGUACA